AUGGGUGGCGCCGGCGUGUUCGAGGUGCCGCACAAGGCGCCGACCCUGACCAAGCAGAUCGACUCCUUCAAGAAGAUGCUCGACGGUGAUGACAUCGGGAAAUGGCUGCUUCGGGAGUCGGUCGCGCUGGUGGCCAUCUUCGGCAACGACUACGCGCGCGUCGCCAACAUGAGCGACGAGAGCGAGAUCCUCGACUUCAUCGGGAACGUGACGGGCGAGAUCGCCGCCGGCGUGGAGCGACUGCGGAAGCUGGGCGUGACCAGGGUCCUCGUCAACAACCUGCACCCACUGGCCUGCACGUCGUGGCAGACCAGGCCGUCCAACUACACCGAAUGCAUGGGCCGCGGCAACCUGGCCACAUUUUUCCACAACGGCGACCUCGAGAAGAAGCUGAAUGCUUCGAGCAGCGACAAUGUCUACCUCGUCGACCUCCACCGGGCUUUCACCAACAUCGUCGAUCCAUCUGAUCCCCAGGACAGCCACGUCGCUGGUUUGUAA